ACUAUAUUCUAUAUGGCAGUCAAAGAAGGUCGAUGUCAGCUGGUGUAGAAAAUCGCAGAAGCAUGGAUUCAAUGAGUAAUGCAUUUACUGACACACUGGCCUUAUCAGAAACAGAUUUUCUGGUGUGCACAUUUUCAUCAAAUAUGUGUCGUCUGGCGUAUGAAUUAAUGCAGACCCGUCAUGAGAAACUGGGUGAUGCAUCACAACUGGUUAAAUCUCUCGAUAAUCUGCACCAUUCAGAGGAUUUCUCGAAAGUCAAAUUUGAGGUGCUGAUACCAGAUUUGAGAGCGGGACUGAACUAUGGCGAUUUGGUAAAUCUAUACAAAAAUCACUGGAACGGUUCCUCAUCCAACAUCCUCAUGUGGCGUAAUGAUGGCCGAAGUGGGGAUGGGCAACAGAAAUUAUCGAGUGUCAAGCAAAGGAAUUCAUUUGAUGUACCUGCAUAUAAAUUCAGACCUGAGUUGAAAAUAACCAAUUUCAGCUGGUUGUAGAAGGGAAAAUCACCUUCAGGUGUAACGCCUUACAACUGUAAUCUCUGUAAUAUUUCUACCUUGAUUUCUUAUAUACUGACUUACACAAUAUGCGUUUCUCUUAUCUUUCAAGUGGAUUUGUGUAUUUGUGCGAGAAUGACUGUCAUUAAGAAGAGUUUAGUGUCUUCUUGUGUUUGUGUGUAUUCAUUGUCAUGACGAGAAAUUCCAUAUGGUUUGGGAGAAAUUGUGAUUGAGAUGAGUGAACUAGGCAUACUUCUAUAAGCAUUAGUGUAUUUCAACAUGCAGAUAUUGCCUUCUUUGAUUACUUGUUAUCCCUGUACGAUGGCAUGUUCGAGUAGAACUUGAAAUGAUGACUUUUACGCAGACGGGUUAUUGUUGAGAUAUUUUAGUCGUAUUUGCUUCAGUUAUUUAUAUGCGGAUAGAUUGGGAGUUCACAUCUGCAUUCGUGAUGCUUUUUCUUACUGAAGUAUGAACAGGCAUGAAAGCGACUAUUGUUGGUCUUCAUCCUAUAGUGAGAUUGGAUAUUCAAUAGUACGGAAUAAAUAUCUGCAUAUGAUAGUGAAUAAAAAGUCAUGAUUCAUGAAUCAUUCGC